CGAUGUCCAUCCAUACCACCUCAGACAACCUGCCGGGGCCAUCGAGCUGGCGGAGCGCGUCGGAUCCGACCGUACACUGCUGCCGCAUUCUCCGCCAGAACAUACGCUUCUCCCCCCAGUCUCCAGAAGGCUGGGGCCAAGGGGCACCACCACCACCGGUGACCGGCUAGCUCAGAGGCCUUGUCUCAGUCCGGGGUAUCUGACCCUUCACCGCGAACGUCCUCUCUUCAACCGCCUGCGGGCCUGCGCCGCAUGGCCGGCAUUUUCAUGUCGACGGUCUUGGACCUUGGGAUGAUAGGGCUUGCGAGAGUUGAGACAGCUGCGAGCCAGUGGGCGGGCAGGCGGUGACAUGGCAGUCCGGACUCCCUCCACUCCCUCCAGCAUGGAUGGUGCUGGCUCAACGACAACUCAAAAGAUUGCUAGAUCCUAGCACAGACGAGCCUACUUUUAGAGCUCUCGUCGUCUGCUGUCUGAAAGUAGUGUACUACUACCGCUACUGCUCUCUCUUGACGACUACUGCUACUACUACUGCUAUUGCUAUUGCUAUUGCUACAACUACUGCUACAACUACUGUACCUCAGCGGUCGUAGGAAUUGGCUCAAUGAUCGAC